AUGAGGUACCAUGGCGUGCAGAAGUACGGCAGGAGGUACGCCGCCACGCUCUUGAACCCGUUCGUGAAGAAGGUGAUCUGGCUCAGCUCGUACGGGACUCCCGCGGAGGCCGCGUACGCCUACGACGCCGCGGCGAGGAGUGUGAUUAGGCACUGGGCCAGGCUCAACUUCCCCGAGCUCUCGCCGGCGGCAAGGGAGGUCGCCGCGGUGGAUCUCACGCGGAUGAGACGCGCUCCGGAGCCCGCACACCAGCAGCAGCCGGCUCUUCGACGUCAGGCGCUGCUCAUCCGCUGCUGGGCUCCUGAGCCGGCUGGCGCCGCGCCGCCGGCGUUCCCGUUCCAGCGCGAGGUGACACCACAGGUCUAUCGGGUCCACUACCGUCCAUUUUCCGCAGCCAUCGGGGGUGAACUCUACGCCACGCCUUUCGUGCUGGGCGUGCACGAUCUCAACGAGCCAAUGCCCAACGCUCCGGCAAGCAGCGCACUGAGUAGCACGAAGCCCGGCUUGGCUGCCGCGGCCCCUAACCGCCGCGAGCUGCCCAACCCGUCGGCAAUGGCCAUGGAGCCCGACCAGUCCGUGGUCGGGGAUAACUUCACUUACGUCGACGGUGCAUCCUUGCCUGCUGCGCCUACGUUCGGCUGGGUGUGGUAA